AUGCAAGCAAUUGCAGACAGUUUGAGCUCAAAAAAUGCAUUGGUUUCCGCAUUACAAUACGAUCAAGAAAAAAACCUGAAUAACGAUUUUGUUACAGGAAAUGGACUUUUUCGUCAACUAGCGCCUCAAAUCGCGGUACCACCUAUCUCCUCGCCUCAAGAGUUUCUUAGGGCGCACACAGACGACUCUCAAAACCCAGAUUGCAAAAUAAAGAUUGCACACGGUACAACAACCUUAGCUUUCAGAUUUCAAGGCGGAAUCGUUGUAGCGGUGGAUUCCCGUGCAACAGCGGGACAAUGGAUUGCGUCUCAAACCGUAAAAAAAGUGAUCGAAAUCAACCCUUUUCUACUGGGAACCAUGGCUGGUGGUGCAGCAGAUUGUCAAUUUUGGGAAACUUGGUUGGGCACACAAUGCAGACUGCACGAACUAAAGGAAAAAGAGCGCAUAUCUGUAGCAGCAGCAUCGAAAAUACUGGGCAAUUUGGUGUAUGAAUACAAAGGAGCAGGUCUGUCAAUGGGAACGAUGAUCUGUGGGUAUACCAAGAAAGAGGGCCCCACAAUUUACUACGUGGAUUCCGAUGGUACUAGAAUGAAGGGAGAUGUGUUUUGUGUGGGAUCCGGUCAAACUUUUGCGUACGGUGUCCUGGAUACUAACUAUAAGUGGGACUUGUCUGUUGAGGAUGCUUUAUAUCUAGGGAAACGUUCGAUUCUUGCUGCGGCACAUAGAGACGCGUAUUCCGGUGGUUCAGUUAACCUUUACCAUGUGACAGAACAAGGAUGGGUUUAUCAUGGCAAUCAUAACGUCGACACCCUCUUCUGGGAAAUCAAACAGAAAGAGGGUUCGUUUAACAACGUCAUAGGUUAG